AUGUGUGAUGCAAGUGAUAUUCCAAUUGGUGUUGUACUGGGACAAAAGAAUGAUAAGUUGCACCAUGUUAUAUACUAUGCAAGCAAAGUGUUAAAUGAGGCACAGAAAAAUUGCACUACCACAGAAAAAGAAGUAUUGGCAAUUGUAUAUGCAUUUGACAAAUUUAGACAAUACUUGAUUGGUUCAAAAGUUGUAGUAUAUACUGACCAUUCUACUCUCAAGUAUCUCAUGUUUAAACAGGAUGCCAAGCCAAGGCUUAUCAGGAAAGGAAGUGAGAACCAAGUUGCAGACAAUUUGUCAAGAUUACCACAAAAGAUCAACCAAGAUGCACCACAACCAGUGAAUGAGAAGUUCCCAGAUGAACAUCUUCUUCAAGUGGGAAGAAGGAUUCCCGAAGAGUUCACCAAGCAACAAGUGAAGAUGUUGCUUAAUGAGGCUAAGAAAUUCUUGUGGGUGGAGCCCUUUUUGUUCAAGAGAUGUCCAGAUGGAAUGAUCAAAAGGUGUAUCCCUGAAAGUGAAAUGAGAAACAUACUGUGGUAUUGCCAUAGUUCAGAUUAUGGUGGACAUUUUGGGCUAGAAAGAACAGCUGCUAAAGUGCUUCAAAGUGGCUUUUAUUGGCCAUCCAUAUUCAAGGAUGCCAGAGAAUUUAUAUAUGGGGUGCCUAAAAGCCUUAUUAGUAAUGGUGGCAGCCACUUUUGCAACAAACAAAUGGAAAAGCUACUCCACAAAUAUGGGGUAACUCACAAAGUGGCCACACUAUACCACCCUCAAACUAAUGGCCAGGAUGAAUUGGCAAACAGGGAGCUAAAGAGAAUCUUAGAAAAAACGGUUGGGGUCACAAUAAAAGACUGGGCAAGGAAGUUAGAUGAUGCCCUAUGGGCAUAUAGAACCGCAUUCAAAACGCCAAUUGGGAGGUCAUCAUUUCAGCUAAUGUAUGGCAAAUCAUGCCAUCUCCCUAUUGAGCUCGAGCACAAGGCUUUCUGGGCCACUAAGCUCCUCAAUCUUGACUCUCAAGCAUCAGGGGAGAAAAGGCUAUUGCAAUUCAAUGAGCCGGAUGAAUUUAGAUUGGAAGCUUAUGAGAAUGCUAAGAUAUACAAAGAAAGAGCUAAAAGAUGGCGUGACAUGAAAAUUUCAAGAAGAGAAUUUGAGCCAGGAGAACAGGUGCUAUUAUAUAACUUCAGGAUUAAGAUUUUUCCUGGUAAACUCAAGUCCAAAUGGACUAGCCCGUAUCUGGUGACUAAGGUUUUCCCACAUGGAAGCCUUGAACUUUUGAAUGAAGCUACAAAGGACGCAUUCACAGUAAAUGGUCACAAAGUGAAGCAUUACCUGGGAGGGCCUUGGAACAAGGAGGAGAGCAUUCAUGAAUUGAGUUUGACAAAAAUGAAGAACGUCAAUCUAAUGACGAUAAAGAAGUGCUUGUUGGGAGGUAACCCAACCAGAGUGAUUUUUUGCCACGUCAUUGCUCCAUCAUUUUCAUGUAUUGCUCUUGUUGCUGCUCCUGAGUCCUCAUUUGUUGUUCAUGAGACCUCAUAUAUUGCUCUUGUUGCUGCUCCUGAGCCCUCAUAUAUUUCUAGUGAGGAGUAUUGA